AUUAAUUGAAUUAAGCGGUGAAAAGAGAGGAGACCAGACAAGAAGCCAUCAACACCAACAACAACAACAACAACAUCGACUAAUCACACGAAGCAGGAGCUAAGUGCAACUACCGCUGGUUAUUACCAUUUUGACGCCUUAUUUUGUGGUGACUGUUUAUGGCACCUUGGCUAUGAAGCGACAUAUGCAACUUUUAGCCGUUGGGCUCUGCCUUCUCUUGGUGACGCAGGCUCAGGAGCAGGAAUCUUCGGCCAAAUGGUCAAGACAAUUGGAUAGUGUGGCCAAUACCGAUGUGGAUUCAUUGGAUUGGAUACCUUUGGCCCAGCCAGUGGAUGGUAGUGCCUCCAAGGAUCGGUCUGGCAAUGGACGUGUGUUGACCUAUUCACAAUCAUUUCCACCCAGUAGUCGCUUUGGUGAAUUAACCAAGACAUCAGCUGGUGGUGCAUCGCAAUUCGAUUUCCCUUAUCAAUUCCAAAGAUAUCCAAAUUCGGUUAGUCCCCAGGCAUUGCCUUUAAGACAGGCUCCACCACCGUUGCCGCCAUCGUUGAAGGCCAGCGCAUCGCAGGAGCCAACUUCGCAGUCUUUCUUCAAGUUUGAGAUGCCAUUCCAUAACAAUGAGGCUGGACAGGCUCAGGCACCGCCCACUUUGCAGACAGGUUAUCAAAUUCAGCAUUCCUUUGGCGGCAGUGGUCUUCAGCCAGCUCCCCCCUCAUCGCUGUUCAGUCCGCCAUCGUUGUUUGGUCAACAGCAGUUCCCUUCGGAAUUCCAUACAUUGCCACAGAAGCCGCUGGCACAGGCUUUGAGUAAGCCAUUGCAUCAGCAGAACUAUGUUCAGGAUAUAUUGCCACCACUGAAAUCGCAUGGCAAACCUCUGCCCACACAAGCCUCGCUGCAGAGCGUCACACCACAAGUUUUCCCCGUCGAUCCAGAGCCCGAAUCUCUAUUCGGUGGGAACAAACCCGGCGCAGUGCCCUCUCGAGCUCCAUCCACUACAGGAGGUCAACAGCAGGAAGUGCAGCUUCUGUAUGUUCCCUAUGAUACGCUCUACAAUCAACAGCGACAGCAACAAGGAUCCAACUUUGAGGUUAACAAAUUCAAUGUGAAUUCCGGCUUGCCUGCUGUGAAUCCCUAUCAGAUCAAUCAGUUCUAUACCCAAGAUCCCAAUGUGGGUAGCGAUUACUUUGGCUCUGGCACAACAUCACGACCCAGCACAACCACCGUGCAACCACAAAGUAUUUUCCAGAGCUUUGGCCAGUCUCAACCACAAUUCACAACACAAAAACCCAAACCCAAGGCCCAUCAACCGCCUUUGGCCAUGUUCCUUUUGCGCUCUAGUGCGCGUCCCACUCAAGCCGAUGUCGUAGGAGCUCUGAGGAAUGCUCAUUCUAUCUCUGUGAUUGAUUCUCCGACAAAACAGACUCCAGAUAUCUUUGUGGGUCCCGCUGGCAUGCCCAUUCCCGAUGGAUACGUGAAGUUUGAUCUGCCUUAUCUCUCACAAUUAACUCAAACUCGUGAUUUGAGCGAUGUGUCCUUCUUUGUGGCUCCUCUCAGCUAUCGCACACCAAAUGGCUUUAACAAGAUUCUUCUGCCUGAACCACAUGUGGGUUCUAUUGUGGUUAAUCGUGCCAAGGAUUCGGCUAAUGUCCCAGAGUUGGUUCAAUCUCCUCAACGUCCUCAGCGUCCUUACGCUGCCGUGAGUAGCACUCGCAAUCCCUUCGAAAGUACCACACAGCCGCAACCUACACCCGGACGUGGCAACAAGUUCAGCUAUUUCUAUGUGCAGGAUGGCAUCCAAGAGGUUAACUCCCCGAAAUUACCCUCAAAGCAGGAGCAUCGUCCCAAGAAGAAGCGUCCACAACAUGUGCAAGUGGAACAACCUGUUUACAGACCGCCAGCCAAGACGCAAAAUCCCUUCGACACUUUGAAUCAAAUCGGUGGAGACGACUUCUUCAAUUCGUUGUCCAGCAAACCAAGCUCGACUUCUACCAGCUCCACUUCGACCACAUCGACAACGUCAUCAAGCACCACCACAACAGCUGCACCCCAAUCUCUUUUCACCUACAGUACACGUCCUCAGGUAGAGUUCCCCAGUUCGAAUGGUCAAUUGUAUCCUCAAUACCAGCCCUUACAAGAGCAACUGCCUCGUCUGACCACGCGUCCGCCAUCAGCUGCAACCACCGAGGAAGAGUUGCAGAUGAAGCAGUAUUUCCGUCAGCAGGAUGCCUUCCGUCAGCGUCCCCAUACAACGAAUGCUCCAUUUGAGCAGGUUCAAUACACACCCACUUCAGUGGACUAUGAAGUUCCCUUGCCAACUACCACCACGACGCAAAGGAUUAAUACAAAGAACAAGCACCGUGUCACCGUCUACACUCCAUCAGCAGUGCCAGUGACCACCUCAGAUGUGGGUUACCAAGUGGACUCGCAAGCUCCACUUAAUCACAGGCCCAGCUACAAUCAGAACGAGAUCCUUGAUAACAGCAAUGUGGAGUAUGAUGCCAAUCCUUAUCAUGUGCCCUCGGAAUUGCCGCCUUUGACGCCUGACAUUCCCGGUUUGGUCAAUAAUCUUCAGGAGAAGGACAAACUGCCGGCUGUGACAACUCCACUAAGUGAACCAGAGACAGAAACACGACCCACUCGUCGUCCAGCCUUGCGUACACGCAGACCAAACAUUUCUAAGGUUGUUACCUCUUCGGUGUCUUAUUCCGAGUCGGAGUCUAAUGGCAAGUUGCCUGCCCAUCGGAUUCGACGUCCCUAUGGCACUCGGGUUAAUGCGGUAGCAACUAACUCCGGCAACGAAGACAAUGGCGAAGAGGUGACUCAUCCAACCCGACGACCAGCAACUUCACGUAAUCCUCUGCUACGCAAUCCCAAUCGCAUUCGCUAUCAACCCACGACCGAGGAGCGUGAGACUUUGAAAACCAAAAAGAAGACCCACAAGGGCUCCAAGAACGGCAAACCCAGUGAGGAUCAGGAUUUGGACUACCAACGAGAUGUCCUUAAGCAGAAUUAUCCCAUCUUCAAGGGCUCAUCACGUCGGCCUACUAGUCCCACAGCCAUACCCAGUUCCUAUGAUGUAGGAACCACUGAAGGUCCAGCCUCAGAAUCCCAGCAGGUGUAUACAGUGACGCCCAGCAACAGCAUUGAUAACGAUCAAAGCGGAUUCCCUGUCAAUCUUUUGGAACCUAUGCAGAUUGCUCAGCAUUACAAUGAAUUCUCCAAGGAUAACUAUGGACCAGGAUAUUUCCCCAAUCAGGAGGAUCUCAAUCCCACAGAGGCCAUCAUACGUAACGAAGUGAGUCCAAUUUUCACGACUUUGCCGCCAACAACCACACCAAGUCCCACCACAGUGAGAACAACCACUGAGACACCCACAACGACUACAACAACGAGACGAUCGCCAUUCGUGCGUCGUAAUUAUCCAAGAAUCCGCACCACAACAACCACAGAGACGCCAGUGACGACUACAACCCCAUCAGAGGAUCGACCAUCGAUUCGCUCCCGUUUGCCACCCAGACGUGUGGUCAAAGUACGCCAACGCCAGCGUCGUCCAGCUCAUCCUGCUUCCUCCACUGUAGCGCCCGAGGAAGAGGUCGAGGCUGUAACCCAAAAGCAAAAUCUGCGUAAAUUGAGUCGCUUCAAUCCUGAGCAGAGGGAAAAAGAGAACCCCAUAACUCAACGUCGUCGUUAUAAGCAACCUUUCCAACUGGAAGGACAGGAAUCUCAAUGGUCGCCCUCUUCGGAAACUGCCAAUAGCAAUGCCAAUGCCAACACCAAUAGCUUUAAGCCAUUGAAUCCCAAAUAUAAGACCGAAACGCACAAUUUUGAAAAUGAACCUGAUAUUGUCACCGUGGGACCCACUGAACAACCCGAAACCUACGAAUUCAACGUAGCUGCUGAUUUGGGUGGCAGUCAAAGAACCACCCUAAAGGCUCCCAACUUGAAACCUGAGAAAUCUUUUGCCGAACUGCUGGAGGAAGUGAUGGGUAAGGCACCCGAGCAGAUUGGAACCACAGAGUUACCCAGCAGUAGUUCCAUUGGCCGUCUAAGUCGUCGUGGCAAAUGGAAGAAACGUGUCUCAAGUGGCUCGGAUAAUGGUGAGAAUUUCGAGACAGCUGAAUCCCAGAAUCUGGGACCCCAACUGCUCAAUGCUCUCAUUAAAGAGGAAUCGCAGAAGACUACAACUCCACCCGCCACUGAGGCCACUACAGUGGCUGAGUCAACUAUUACCACAACUGCUCCGGCGCCAACAACACCAGAGGAAUACGAAUUGACCACAUCAAAGCCCGAAGAGAUAACUCUGGCUUUGACCACGCCGCCCUUGAGUGAGGAGACUGCCACUCGUCGCAUGGACACGGCAGCGGAUGUUGAUGACCUGGAGACCCAGCCUAGCAUAUUUUCCGAAGUCAAGAAACAAUUGCACGAUCUCUUUGCCAUCGAAGAGAGCGAAGAUGAGGCGGUCACCGCAGCUCUGGCUGCUGUAGGCAAACGUCGCCAGGAAUACACUAGCAUUAAGCGUAACAAAGCCACCGCCACCACAUCCAUGGAGGCGGGCACAACGACCACAGAGCCAAUUGUUGAGGAUCUGACCACAACAGCAGCCACAGCAGUAAAAGAGAACAACGAUAGUUUCCACAAGGAUCUGAUGGAGCAUGUGGUCUAUGCCACAUCCACAUCCACCAAAGUCACCUCCGAAACGGAGAUAUGCUAUCGGGGACGUUGCAUACGAUCCGAGGAUUUGCCCGCCAAUCACAAAUUGCACUGAGCAGAAGCGGCCCCAAAAUGCAAUUUGGGGGGUAAAACUUAGAAUUCAGCAUGUACAUAAAAGGACAUAAGGAUGCGGUCCACAAAAACCGCUAGCCGCAUGUAAUUACUUAGCUUUAACUACGAAUAUUAUGUUUUUAAGAGUAUAAGUCCGAUCAAUUUGAUCCCUAUAUAGGUAUCGAAAUCCCCUAAAAUAUCGUAUCCUCUACCCGAUCCCUCUCCCCAACGUCUAGAGAAUUUAGUUGAUAGCGCUUAAUGUUAGCAUAAUAUCAGGAUAGCCAGCAUAAGUCUUGUACCAUACAUAAAAUCGAGAGUACUAACCAAUUUAUAAUAAUAAUAAAAUAAUAAUA